GAAAUUUAUGAAAGACGGAGCGCGCUGCCUCGGACCUUCAACUUAUUGAGCCACCGACACUCAGCUGGACAGAAACGAAAUCUGGUUCCGUCACUUUCUUUCAUCACAACCGGCUGCUGCAACAAAGGUAGAUCUCUUUGUCUCGCCAGCAGGUAUAAAAACUCUUUGACGUCUGACGCUCGCUUUCCUAGUACAACUCCGAGUUCCAAAGAUGCAAAGCUCCAAGAAGGACUCGACCCAAGUCUUGCGAGCUGGGGCCUGGGCUAUCAUGACACUGAAUCCAUUCAACUCGCUCGCUCAUGAGCAUCUCGAUGACAUUGAAGCACUCAACAUGGUAUCCACUCUUCGCCCCAAACAAUAUGUGGUCUACAUUGUGAAAGAACUCCAAAACCCACACCCACAAGGCAGGCCUAGGGAUGUUUGGGAGUUUCAGGUUGAACUGCUGAUGCAAGGCCUUCCUCCGACGGACCGCGAAGCAUGUCUCGACUCCAGCAUGUGUAUCCCGAUAUUCCCGGAGACAUACCAUCCAACAAAUUCGCGUUUACCGCUCAGAACAUCGUCUCCAGACCCAGACUUCGACUUCCCGUUCCCAUUCCGCAACGGCUAUCUCGCACCGCUGUUCGCCUCGCUCAUAGUCCGUGCUACCGUAACACAAGCAAACGAAGGGCUGUGGAUGCUUUCGCCAAGAGAGCAAUCGGCGCAUGACUUUUGGGCGAUUCAGGAUUGUAUCAAAACCGAGACGUGGGCCGAACAUGGUGAGGGUAUCUUUGACCAAUGGUGGGAGCGAGCGGGGAUGGUGUCUCCCUCAGAAUUGGGGUGUGGUCAAGCUGCCAGUCAAAUCAUCGAAUUCACUCCUCGCCAUGCCUGGAUGAAUAAGGAUUUGCCGCCGACUCCUUCGAGUUUUAGCAUGUCAAUGAACUCUGCCUCGUCAUCAAGUUCCAGAUCGUCAACAGCAAGUCCUCUUCUCGAUUCCGUCAGCAAAGUCAAAGCAAACUCGAAGUCGCCUCCUCGAAGAUGGUACGACUUUAACCUGAGCCCAUUCCCCGCCCCCGAAAAAUUGAAGGCCCUCCCACCCAGAGGCCUCAUCAGCGAUCUUGGCCCACACCCGUUAGACGGUCUUACACCAACGGUGACGCUGAAUCCCGAUCUGUUCAGUAUCCUGGCCGAUGCGACGGCCGAUGAACGAGCUAACUGGAAGCUUGAGACGCCGGAGGAGUUCUACAAGGAGCUUCACAAACUGAAAGUGUUAGUCCAUCCAUAA